AUGGCGAAAGUUAGUAAGAAGAAGGCAAACAAGAGGAGCUCCAAAGCGGAAAAGAAACGCUUGAUGGAGGAGGAGGAGGUCCGGGGAGCUGGUGGAGAAGAGGAGGAGGAGGAGGAGGUGAAUGGAGCUGGCGGAGAGGAGGAGGAAGAGGAGGUGAAGGGAGCCGGCGGAGCCGUGAGCAGUGAGGAGGAGGACGGGGAGGACGGGGAGGAUGACCGGAAGCGUCGGAGGCUGCUGGAGGCCAUCAUGGCCCUCGGAGGCAAGAGGAAGAAGACCCUGGGAGAGCGGUCGGAGGCGGCCGCGCUCAUGUCCGAGUUCACGGUGACCGCGGAGGGGGAGGCGGAGCGGGUGGAGCUGUCCGACCUGGUCGGAGCGGCCGGCGGAGCCCCCGCCGUGCCGGCCCAGAGCCGGAAGCAGCUCCGGAGCCUGCAGCGGAGCCAGCGCACGGAGGAGUGCCCGCUGAGCUCCCAGCAGCGGGAGCGCAUCCAGCGGGACCUGGCCUUCCAGAAGACGGCGGCCCGGGUGAGCCGCUGGGACGCCGUCAUCAGCCAGAACCAGCGGGCCGAGCAGCUGGUGUUCCCGCUGGACCGGGAGCCGUCGGGGCCCCGGCCCAUGGAGCGGGUGGUGGUGGGCUGGGGGGCGCAGACCCCCCUGGAGCGGGAGGUGUUUGCCCUGCUGUCCGCCCACAAGCAGCCCCUCCACGACCCCGUGCUCACCCCCGCCGAGGAGGCCUCGGUGAGGGCCAUGAGCCUGGAGGAGGCCCGGGUCCGCCGGGCCGAGCUCCAGAAGGCCCGGGCCCUGCAGUCCUACCACGAGGCCAAGGCCCGGAGGGAGGCCAAGAUCAAGAGCAAGAAGUACCACCGGGUCCACAACAAGGCCCGGCGGAAGGAGCUGCUGCGGCAGUUUGAGCGGCAGGUGCGGGAGGAGCCGGGCGCCGCCCUGGAGGCGCUGCAGGGGGCGGAGCUCCGCCGCAUGCAGGAGAGGAUGAGCCUCAAGCACCAGAACAGCAGCCGCUGGGCCAAGUCCAGGGCCAUCGUGGCCAAGUACGACCUGGGGGCCCGCCGGGCCAUGCAGCAGCAGCUGGAGCUCAACAGGGAGCUGACCCAGAGGGCGGGAGGCGACCCGGGCGAGGAGGAGGAGGAGCAGGAGGAGGCGCAGGAGGAGCCGGAGGUGCUGCCGGACUUUGUGAACGACGCAGAGCCGGGCCCAGAUCCAUCCAACCCCUGGAUGAGAGGGAAGCUAGGGAAGCUGUCCGAGGAGCAGGCGCAGGGGGGGGGAGGACAGGAGGAGGCCCAGAGGGAGGAGGAGGAGAAGAGGGUGGAGGAGGAGGAGGAGGAGGACGUAAUGGAAGAAGGGGAGCAGGCCCUCCUCACAGAGUUUGACCGCAAGAGGAAGCUGCGGCAGGAGGAGGAGGAGGAGGCACAGGAGAGGGAGGGAGGGGCACAGGAGGAAGAGGAGGCACAGGAGAGGGAGGGAGGGGCACAGGAGGAGGAGGCAGCUGUGCAGAACGGGAGCCUGAGGCCCCCUCCCCUGCCGGAGGAGGCCCCCCCCCUGCUGGAGGAGGGCCUGCUCCGGACCAGGACCUUCGAGGACCUGGAUCUGCUGGCCCAGGACCCCGGCCCGGCCCCGGACCGGCAGCAAGAGGAAGAGGAGCAUCGAGCUGAGGAAGGUGCUGACCAAAGCCUGCCCCGUGAUCGGGGGGGGGCCCCGGCCCCCACCGUAGCGGACUCGGAGGACCCCCGGGACCCCCCGGACCAGAGGGGGCUGAUCAGGGAGGCCUUUGCGGGGGACGACGUGGUCUCGGACUUCCUCACCGACAAGCGGCGGCAGGAGCAGGCGGGGGGGGCCAAAGUGGUGGACCUGAGCCUGCCCGGCUGGGGGGAGUGGGGGGGGCUGGGCCUCAAGCCCUCCGCCCGCAAGCGCAGGCGGUUCCGGGUGAGGGGCGCGGCCCCCCCGCCCCGCAGGGACCAGCAGCUGCCCAGCGUCAUCAUCUCGGAGAAGAGGGGGGGCUCCGUGGCCCCCCACCAGGUCAGCGCGCUGCCCUUCCCCUUCCAGACCCAGGCCCAGUUCCAGGGCUGCAUGCGGGCCCCCCUGGGCCGGACCUGGAACACGGAGCGCACCCUGAAGAGGGCCACCCGCCCCCGCGACCUGCAAUGGUCCAAUGAGGAUGACAUUUACAGCCAGGGCCUGGCUCCGCCCCCCCCCGGCACCCAGAGCCAGCACACGCCAUCACUCACACUUCCACCCGGCAGCUGA